ACUUAACAGUGUAAGAACUACAGCUCUUUUUGUACGUAAAAUAAAUGCGUCGUUGUUCAUGCAUACUUAUGCACAUAAAACCGCCUCUGUGUACUGUUAGCAUACAUGCACUCUUGUUGACCACUGAGAUGCUUAUCAGCCAUUGAAAUCCCAAAUUACAAAUUGCAGGAUGAGAAAAUAGCUCCAUCUAGUGACACUUUUAGGUUUUGCAUCGACUCAUAUCAUGGAAUGAUUCUUCAAGGACAGAAGUUAUAUUCUGGGAUUCCUGAAAGCAUUAUUUCACCAAUUUAUAUCGUUUUAAGUUAAAUUAAUUAUUUUAACAUUAGUCGAUCAUAGUUUACUGGUAUUCAUCUUACGGCAACCCCAAUGGCUAAACCUAUCAGAAAGCCAUUCAGAUCACUCAGUAAAAAUCAGCCUUCCACUCUCUUAUCUCACUCUACAGCCAUUCAUGUGCAGUUCAGCAAACAGUUAUCAGUCCAGACCCGGCCUCCACCAGUCCAGUUGUGAAUAGGUUUGGUUCACUGCAAACACUGUCAAAUCAGGCAAUCAGGACAAGAGCCUUCCUGGAACACACCUGGACUUACAAUAAAGAAUAAGCAAUUGGUUCAGUCAAACCUUAGUGACCGGAGUAUCUUUAUCCUUGCUUGCCAUGUAUGAGUGGUAUGUGUUUUCUCAGAAAGUAUGUGUUAAAAAGGAUAAACAAAUACACUUUUGUCUGAUUUUAUGGGGUGUAUCAGAUGUCAUUUAACAGAAAAUAGAUGACUGCUCAUGUUUUCAAAUGCAUUGAAAUGUUGUUUUUCAGAAUGAAUGCUCAUUGUGGAAAAUCAAGUAUGCUGUGUGUCUUGGUACUGAGAAGCAGCAAGUGGUGGGAAAUGGUUGUAAGUUCCUCAGCCUAGGGCUUAAAAUGCAUAAGCAGAGCCCACCACUGAAACUCUGCCCUGUUUGGGCAGUGGGGUGUCUGAGGAGGGUGGAGGGGGUGAGAGGGGAGCACAGGAAUGAGAAGGAGGAAGGAGGAGCAUGAGGAGGGCCUAAGACGGCCCCCUUGGUUCCGCUACUUGCAACUCAGUUCUUCCCCCUCCUCUCAAACUUUAUAGUUCCUCUCAGCACACAAGUCCAGACUAUUCCACCACACACACACACACACAUACACACACACACACGCACGCACAAGAACACACACACACACACACACACACGCAUGCACAAGAACACAGUCACAGACAGCGGCAGAAGGGGGCCAACCAGACAAAAUCAGGAUGUGACAUCAUUCCUAGGAAGAAAAGCCAAACAACUUUUUUUUUUCUCGUAUUUUCUUUCACUUUUUCCCCCUCCAUUGCUCCGUUGUGUUGUGUGCCACUGAGUGAGAUCGGAGCCUCCAGGUCUGGUCUGCUCGGGUCUGGUCGGGUGCCGUCUGAAAGGGAGGGAGUGCCCGGAGGCGAAAGAGGGGACAAAUCAAAUCAGGAUCCCGUUCGUGGCGAGUUCUAUUUAAGCCACUGACACAGGAAUUCUCCCGAGCCUUCCCACGACUCGCCAUAACAUUCCAAGCCAUUCAAAGUGGGACUCAGGCCAGGGAGAGUUUCCACAGUCCACAGCAUGAAAUAAAGAUCCUGAAAGAGGAUACUUCACAACAUUCCUGUUGUUCCACUUUGGCUGAAAAAAAAACCAAGAUGAACCUCUGCCUUGGGCAAGUCUUCAGCAAAGAUAAGACGUUCAGGCCGCGGAAGCGCUUCGAGCCCGGCACCCAGAGGUUCGAGCUGUAUAAGAAAGCCCAGGCCUCGCUCAAGUCAGGCCUGGACCUGCGCAAAGUGGUGCAGCUCCCUGAGGGUGAGAGCAUCAACGACUGGAUCGCCGUGCAUGUGGUGGACUUCUUCAACCGCAUCAACCUCAUCUACGGCACCGUCAGUGAGUUCUGCUCCGAGCGCACCUGCCCCAUCAUGUCCGGCGGCCCGCGCUACGAGUACCGCUGGCAGGACGGGGACCACUACAAGAGGCCCACCAAGCUGCCCGCCCUCAUGUACAUGAACCUGCUCAUGGGCUGGAUCGAGACGCUAAUCAACAACGAGAACAUCUUCCCCACACAAAUAGGUGUUCCCUUCCCAAAGAACUUUCAGCAGGUGUGCAAGAAGAUCCUGAGCCGACUGUUCCGAGUCUUCGUCCACGUAUACAUCCAUCAUUUUGAUGUUAUUUGCAGUAUGGGUGCUGAGGCCCACAUUAACACCUGCUACAAACACUACUAUUUCUUCAUCUCUGAGUUCAGCCUCAUCGAACACUCUGAACUUGAGCCUCUGAAAGAAAUGACAGAAAAAAUCUGUACCUAAGGAGUGACUGUGGAGCCUUAGAGAACUAAUGGACCACCAGCAUCACACCAAAAACCAAGAUCCAAUGAAGUGGACUGUAGCAUACUUCAAGAGACUCUGAUUCAUUCUGAUGAUGGCAUGCCCCUUUUCUUGACUUUCGUAUUACGGUCAUAAUAAUUAUUGAUGCUGUUUCUGCAACUGUGUUUGCUAUCUGUUUUUUUCCCCAGGGUUAUUUAUGCAUGUUAAGUUUCAGUACAGUUUUGGACAAGAAAUGUGAUUUUUCUCUUAAACAAUACUUUUUUUCUGCAUGACUUGGAUAGCAGGAAAGAUGAGCCAGAAUUCUUAUACUACGUUCACUUGAACCACUCCAUUCCAGUGUUGUAUAUGUUGUUGUUAAAAUAUGUCUCCGAACACACAGUUUGGGAUAGGCACUGUGAAACGAUGUCUCACCACAACAAUUGUUUCCGCUGAAAGUGUUUAUCAAGAAUCCUUGUUCUAGAGGUGCCAGUUGGCUAGUAGCUUUAUUUAUUGUUCAGAUUAAAUCUCAACCAACCUUUAAAUAGUUCAUCUUGGUACCAUGCUUAAGAAGCAGUGUAUUAUUUUUGGCAUUUGUCAUGACGCUGAUUUUUAUUACAAAUAAAUGCAGUAUUAAUUGUAUUUUGAAAA